CUGUGGCCUUCCAUGCAUAGAUAUUUCUGAAUUCUGGAACUUGCUCUGAGCCUCAGCUGAGGUCACCGAUGUCAGCUCAGCACCCAGCGUGCCUGGUGCAGAGCAAGUGGCGGGAGAAGCGUGCUAGAGAUGGUUUAAGGAUUUUCCAGACAUGUUCCUCUGGUGGGAAACUGAGGUAUGAACAGGAUCAUGAAGGGCAAAAUGGGACUAGGGACCUGGAGACUCAGCCCUCUCAUUCCAGCAUCAUCCCUACCCGGCAAAGUUUUGAAAAAGCUGCAGGACCUGUAAGGGUCAUCACAUAACAUUCAAGAUGCCCCUCUCAGACUUCGUUCUGGCUCUGAAGGACAAUCCUUACUUUGGGGCUGGAUUUGGGCUGGUGGGUGUGGGCACAGCCCUCGCCAUGGCCCGGAAGGGUGCCCAGCUGGGCCUGUUGGCUUUCCGACGGCAUUACAUGAUUACACUGGAAGUCCCUGCUCGAGACAGGAGCUACGCCUGGUUGCUUAGCUGGCUCACCCGCCAUAGUAGCCGUACUCAGCACCUCAGCGUGGAAACUUCAUACCUUCAACAUGAUAGUGGCCGCAUCUCCACUAAGUUUGAAUUUAUCCCCAGCCUUGGAAACCACUUUGUCUGGUAUCAGGGAAAAUGGAUCCGAGUGGAACGAAGCCGAGAAAUGCAGAUGAUAGACCUGCAGACAGGGACGCCUUGGGAAUCUGUCACCCUCACAGCCCUGGGCACUGACCGCACGGUUUUCUUCAACAUCCUGGAGGAAGCUCGAGCGCUAGCCUUGCAGCAGGAGGAGGGGAAGACAGUGAUGUACACAGCUGUGGGUUCAGAAUGGCGCUCCUUUGGUUAUCCACGCCGCCGCCGGCCACUGAAUUCUGUGGUUCUGGAACAGGGUCUGGCUGAGCGAAUUAUCAGAGACAUCCGGGAAUUUAUCGAUAACCCCAAGUGGUACACUGACAGAGGUAUCCCCUACAGACGUGGCUACCUGCUUUACGGGCCUCCUGGCUGUGGAAAGAGCAGUUUUAUCACAGCUCUGGCUGGAGAACUGGAGCACAGCAUCUGCCUGCUGAGUCUCACAGACUCCAGCCUCUCCGAUGACCGGCUCAACCACCUGCUGAGUGUGGCCCCUCAGCAGAGCCUGGUACUCCUGGAGGACGUGGAUGCUGCUUUUCUCAGUCGGGACUUGGCCGUGGAGAACCCAGUGAAAUACCAAGGGCUAGGUCGCCUUACCUUUAGUGGACUGCUCAACGCCCUGGAUGGCGUGGCUUCCACCGAGGCACGCAUUGUGUUCAUGACCACCAACUAUGUGGACAGGUUGGACCCUGCCCUGAUACGCCCUGGACGAGUAGACCUGAAGGAGUAUGUGGGUUACUGCUCACACUGGCAGCUCACCCAGAUGUUCCAGAGAUUCUAUCCAGAACAAGCACUUUCCUUGGCUGAGACCUUUGCAGAUCGUGUCCUUCAAACUACAGUUCAAAUCAGUCCUGCCCAGGUGCAGGGUUACUUUAUGUUGUAUAAAAAUGACCCCAAGGGGGCAAUUCAAAAUAUUGAGUCUCUAAGGAGGUGACAGUCGAGCUGUGCUCAACAAACACCUAUCAGUCAAUAAACACUUGCCAUACUUAA